AUUGACCAGAGACGACGUGUCGUUUCAUUGACAUCGAGAUGAAAAACAAAAAAAACUCGGUUGUAAUUGAAUUACAUCAUCCGAACAGAUGAAACGAAGGUGAAAUUAAACCAUCGAUCGGCAAUUUUAUUGAAGUUAUUCACCUGUAGGUUUUAAUCUCCAGCAGCUAUUUCUUUUUCCCUCGUAUCCAUUUUCGAACUGUGAACAGAAAGCACCUUCUCGGAGAUCUUAACUGGACAUCACCUUCUUCGGCUCAUUCCCCAAUCUUUUAUUCGAAGAGAUCGAACAGAAUUUUUCAAUUUGUGUCUAUCUGUAUCUCUCCGUUGACGUAGUGCUUUCUUCAAAAUCUGGUUGCUGAAUCUUAAUUCCAGCUUGGCACAUUUUCUUGGAGCAUGUAUAAUUACUUCAAGUGACGGGUUUUACUGGAGCUUGGAAUGUAAGGAUUAACUGCGGACAGCUGGAACUUCAUUGUGGAUAUCCCUACUGGUCAUCAAUGGUUUCUAUUUGAGAAGCUGAGAUCCACAUAGUUUAGUCUCAACCAGGAUAGUAGAGCAGCAUUUAACCCAGAUUCAUUCGUAUGAUAAAAUGGAUAAUGGAACUUCUAAUAGUUCAACACAAUCUGCAGUCAACAAUUCAGCUCCAACUGUCCAAAGACGAAAUAGUAAAGGAGAUCAUUCAACAUCUAUUUUAUCUACAUCUGGCAUAUCAUCUUGGGCUAAGAGUUUCAGAACUCCGCAAUCACCUGAAGCAGCAGAAAAUGACUCCAAGGCAGGAAAUUCUGGGAUGUCAGCAAUUGCACGUUUCGGUAGUGGCUUUGGACUGAGGAUACCUUCAAUGUCCCCAGUACGAGGUGAUGGUGCUGCAGAUUCCAAAUCCGCAACACAAUCUGGUGUUUUUGAAUCCUUCACAAAAGGUUUAGUUGACACAUCCCAGAGUGCAGUAAAGGCUAUGCAGAUAAAGGCACGCCAUAUUGUCUCUCAAAACAAACGAAGAUAUCAGGAAGGAGAAUUUGAUUUGGAUAUGACGUAUAUCACUGAAAACAUAAUUGCUAUGGGAUUUCCUGCUGGUCACAUGAGCUCUGGUUUUUUUGGAUACCUUGAGGGAUUUUAUAGAAAUCAUAUGGAAGAAGUGAUCAAAUUUUUCGAAACUCAUCAUAAGGGAACAUACAAAGUUUACAAUCUUUGCUCCGAGCGUUUGUAUGAUGCUUCAUUAUUUGAGGGGAAGGUUGCACAUUUCCCGUUUGACGAUCAUAAUUGUCCCCCUAUCCACCUCAUAAAAUCAUUUUGUCAAAGUGCAUAUGCAUGGUUAAAGGAGGAUAUUGAGAAUGUGGUUGUUGUUCAUUGUAAAGCUGGUAUGGCUAGGACCGGGCUAAUGAUAUGCAGCCUUCUUUUAUUCCUCAAGUUCUUCCAAACAUUCGAGGAGGCAAUUGAUUACUAUAAUCAGAAAAGAUGYGUGGAUGGGAAAGCUUUGGUUCUUCCUAGCCAGAUUAGGUAUGUCAAGUAUUUUGAACGCAUAUUAACACAUUUCAGUGGAGAUACUCCACCUGGACGGAGGUGCAUGCUGAGAGGUUUCCGGCUUCACAAGUGCCCUUAUUGGGUUAGGCCUUCCAUUACAAUCUCAAAUCACAGUGAGAUCUUGUUCUCAACAAAAAACCAUCCAAAGACAAAGAAUUUAAUGCCAGAAGAUUUCUGGAUGAGGGCACCAAAGAAAGGAUUUGUGGUCUUUGCGCUGCCAGGUGAACCUGGUUUGACAGAGUUGACUGGGGACUUCAAGAUUCAUUUUCAUGACCGCCACGGAGAUUUUUACUGUUGGUUAAAUACAAGAAUGACAGAAAACAAAGUAUUAUUAAAUGACACAGAUCUUGAUGGUUUUGAUAAGAGAAAACUUCCUACACCUGGAUUCCAGAUCGAAGUUGUGAUGAUAGACUAUGAUGGUACUUUGCCAAGACGAUUGAAAACUGAUUCUGCUGGCAAGGGAUCUGAUCGUCGCUCUAUUCACGAUCAGGCGUCUGGUCAUGAAGCAGAACAAUCCAGCAAAAGUAAAAAUCUCGGGGUUGAAGAAACUGACGACAAUGUAUUCUCUGAUAGUGAUGAAGAAAAUGGCGACACAAAAACCAGGCUAGAUCAGUCUACUGCAAAAGCAGAUCAUUCAUCAACAGCAGUUGCUUCUGAAAAAAUUGGCACUUUAGCACAUGAAACUAGUCAUUUGUCGCUCAGGAAUGAGAAAAGCACACAAACGAAUGCUUCAAAAGAACCAAACUUUGAUGGUGCAAUACAACCGUCAGGCCUUGACAUCCCAAAUCUGGAUUCAGCAAGGGCAAGUGAUUUCAAGGCAAUAGCCGCUGAUGCAUCGGUUUUCACGUUUGGGGAUGAAGAAGACUUUGAUAGCGAAUGAAGAGCAUGAGUUUGCCGCAACUUAGAACCAUAUAAUAUCAGAAAAAAGUUGGCUUACCAGAAGGCAGAAGCUGAUAUUUAAGGUAAAAUCAGCUUCCAAUUGAUUGUUUUCCCCUUUUCUGAUGGUACCGCCCCGCUCCAUAUGAUGGAAAAAUAAAAUGGAAUAGAAAUACUUAAUUGUU